GCAGAUUAUAACUGCAGGGUUCCGCGCGGGAAGGCUAACCUCAUCUACGGUGCGGAGCGGUCCCAGCCUAGCUGUAGGCCUUUCCCCAGUCUCCAAGCCUUACAGUCUUUUAGUCAAGAUGAGUGACAAGCCAGACUUGUCUGAAGUGGAGAAGUUUGACAGGUCAAAACUGAAGAAGACUAAUACUAAAGAAAAAAACACUCUUCCCUCAAAGGAAACUAUCCAGCAGGAGAAAGAGUGUGUUCAGACAUCGUAAAAUGAAAAUCUUCUCCCAAGAGUGAAUUUCAACAUUGCUUGAGUGUCUUGAUUUUUGGCUUGUUUUGGUAAACCUUUGUGUUGUGGAGAUUUUAGACAUCUUCUGAUGUCUUCUCACCUGUAAUGCCUGGCUAAGAGGUCAGGGGCAGCCAAUGUUCUCUUACAUUCAUUUUAAACCUUCAGUGGUGUAUAGAUUCCAGCUGACAGAUGCUGUCAGGAAUCUCACCACUGAUAACCUUUGUACUUUUAGUUCUGGCACCCCCUACAGGAUAAGCCACUUUUAACUUUCUACAGUUGUUCCUUUUAUUGCUUUAAAAUCUUCAUAAAGUUGCAUGCUUUUGCAGCUUC